AUGGCGGCCAGACUCGCUCUCAACUCGCGCACUCGACUGUUGCGCACACCCAAUCUACCUACCUCCUCUCGACUACUCUCUCUGAAUUCACGCUCGUCGCAACUCCCCCGGAUUCCGGCACUCCUUGCACCUGCUGUUAGAACCAUCCCAGCUGUCUCGGUGCGUCAUUAUGCCAAUGGCCGACCACACCCUCCCGGGGGUACGCACCGCAUGGACAUGAGCGGAGGGUCAGAGAAGCCUGCUUUGGAACAAUUUGGUACAGAUUUGACGGAGAAGGCGAAAGCGGGAAAGCUAGACCCGGUUAUUGGAAGAGACGCCGAGAUCCAUCGUACCAUUCAGGUUCUGUCUCGACGUACCAAGAACAAUCCCGUCUUGAUUGGCGCGGCUGGCACCGGUAAGACCGCUGUGUUGGAGGGUCUGGCCCAGCGCAUUGUGCAGGGAGAUGUUCCGGAGAGCAUCAAGAACAAACGCGUGGUCAGUCUGGACUUGGGAUCCCUGAUCGCAGGCGCCAAGUUCCGCGGUGACUUUGAGGAGCGUUUGAAAUCCGUGCUGAAGGAGGUCGAAGAUGCUGAAGGCAAGGUCAUUCUCUUUAUUGACGAGCUCCAUACCCUGCUGGGACUGGGCAAAGCCGAGGGCAGUAUCGACGCUAGCAAUCUCCUCAAGCCUGCUCUGUCCCGAGGUGAACUCCAAUGCUGCGGUGCCACAACCCUGAAUGAGUAUCGGUUAAUUGAGAAGGAUGUCGCCCUCGCCCGCCGAUUUCAGCCCAUCCUGGUCGGCGAACCGUCCGUUGCCUCGACCAUCUCCAUCCUACGUGGCAUUAAGAACAAGUACGAAGUCCACCACGGUGUCCGAAUUACCGAUGGUGCUCUCGUUGCCGCAGCUACCUACAGCAACCGUUACAUCACCGACCGAUACCUCCCAGACAAAGCCAUUGACCUGGUCGACGAAGCCGCAUCUGCACUCCGCCUUCAGCAAGAAUCCAAACCCGACGCGAUUCGGGAACUGGAACGUGAAAUCACAACAAUCCAGAUUGAACUUGAGUCCCUCCGCAAGGAAACCGACGUGAGCAGCCGCGAGCGUCGGGAUAAGCUUCAGGAAGACUUGAAGACCAAACAGGAGGAAGCUGCCAAGUUGACUGAAGUCUGGGAGAAAGAGAAGGCUGAAAUCGAUGGAAUCAAGCGCACAAAGGAAGAUCUGGAACGCGCUCGAUUCGAGCUCGAACAAGCCCAGCGUGAAGGCAACUUCGCCAAGGCAGGUGAGCUCAGAUAUUCUACCAUCCCUGACCUCGAAGCCAAAUUGCCCAAGGAAGGGUUCGAGCAGGAUGCUGAAAGGCAGACUCUGAUCCAUGAUUCCGUCACGGCCGAUGACAUUGGCAAUGUUGUCUCUCGGACUACCGGCAUUCCUGUCAACAAACUGAUGGCGGGAGAAGUCGAGAAGCUGAUUCACAUGGAGGAUAUCCUCCGGCGGUCAGUUCGUGGCCAGGACGAAGCUCUCUCUGCAGUAGCCAAUGCAGUUCGUAUGCAGCGGGCUGGCCUUAGUGGUGAGAAUCGGCCACUGGCUUCAUUCAUGUUCCUGGGUCCGACUGGUGUGGGCAAGACAGAACUCUGCAAGAAAAUGGCUGAGUUCCUUUUCUCCACCGAGACUGCAGUUGUGCGAUUUGACAUGAGCGAGUUCCAAGAGAAGCAUACUAUCAGCCGUCUGAUCGGCUCCCCGGCUGGUUACGUGGGUUACGAUGAUGCUGGCCAGCUUACCGAAGCAGUGAGACGCAAGCCAUAUGCUGUCCUUCUGUUCGAUGAGUUUGAGAAGGCGCAUCGGGAUAUCUCUGCUCUGUUGCUGCAGGUACUCGACGAAGGCUUCCUCACUGAUGCACAGGGCCACAAGGUGGACUUCAGGAACACUCUCAUCGUCCUGACCUCGAACCUUGGCGCUGAAAUUCUUGUCGGUGCGGAUCCCUUGCAUUCCUACAAGGACACCGGCGCCGCCGAGCUUUCGCCAGACAUCAAGAAGGCUGUGUUGGACGUUGUCCAAAGUGCCUACCCGCCUGAAUUCCUGAACCGUAUCGAUGAGUUCAUCAUUUUCAAGCGACUCUCGAAGGAAGCACUGCGGGACAUCGUCGACAUCAGGCUCAAGGAACUCCAAGGGCGCCUGGAUAGCCGUCGUAUGGUCUUGCAGGUGGAUGACGAGAUUAAAGACUGGCUGUGCGAGAGGGGCUACGAUACGAAGUUCGGUGCUCGCCCUCUCAAUCGGUUGAUUGCCAAGGAGAUUGGAAACCGGCUGGCCGACAAGAUCAUCCGUGGCGAGGUCACUUCUGGCCAGAUUGCUCGGGUUUCCCUCAAUGAUGAUAAGACUGGCCUGGUUGUGUCGACAGAGGGAGCGGAGGAAAACUCAUGA